GAGAACCAGUUUAUUAAUUUUCAGAACAGUGGAAUGUCGGAGCUGAAAGAAGCAUUUGUUUUGUUAUUUCAAGGGAAACAAAUGGUAAAAGAGGCUAUCUGGGAUAGAAUGUAGCUACUUUGGACGCGGAUAAAUACAUAUUUCAACAUAUGAAAGGGAAAAGUAACUGUGAUUUUGGUGGACAACAAGACGUAAACAUGGACGAUCGUCACGAUCGGGAAAGUGUGUAUUCUUCAAAUUAUUCACAGUCUUCGAUCCCCGUGACUCCCCCAGGGCUAGAGGCCAUUUAUAAUGCUUGUCGGCGCACCUACCCCGACCAACCGAACCCUCUUCAAGUCACAGCACUCGUUAAAUACUGGUUGGGUGGACCGGACCCCCUUGAUUACAUUUCAAUGUACGCCAACCCCGGGGACGAGAACCGAGGGAUUCCUCCCCACUGGCACUACAUUAGCUACGGUCUUUCAGAUCUCCAUGGUGAUGGACGCGUCCAUGACCAUAACUUCAGGUGCAAUACAAACGAAGGUCCAAGUGGAUAUGGAUUUGAAUUGACUUUUAGAUUGAAGAGGGACAGUGGGGAGACCAAUCCCCCUACCUGGCCUGCUACCCUCAUGCAGGCCCUGGCCAGAUAUGUUUUCCAAACAGAAAAUAUCCUGUACAGUGGGGACCACGUUCCCUGGCACAUGUCUCUGGACGGCAGUGAGUCGCGGAUCCAGCACAUGCUGAUGGCGGAGGACGCCCAGCUUCUACCUAUCACCACACCAUUUGGCAUCGUCAACUUUGUCCAGAUUAUCGGCGUGUGCGAGGAGGAACUGAAGGCAGCCCAGCAUUGGAAUGGCCCCGGGGUCAUCGAGUUAAUCAGGUCUCAGAGCUGUGCUGGGGGCCCCUGGCUCAUUACAGACAUGAGGAGGGGGGAGACUAUUUUUGAAAUGGAACCACAUCUACAGGAUCAGGUUGAACAGGGCAUUGAAACAGAAGGAUCCAAUCUGAGCGGGGUCAACAGUCGUUGUUCCUGGGAGGAACCUGGUGAGAACAGCGACGAUUAUUAUAACGAUGAUAUGAAGGACAACAGGACUCUGGAUGAGCGCAGGAGUAGCAACGAAAACGACAGGCCCAGAAUCUCCGAUUUUGAAUCAGAACAAAUUAAAGCAACACUUCAGAAGGGUUUGCAGUUUCCACGACGAGAUUCUCGGGAAUUUGAAUAUGAUAACUCUAGAAGGAAGCAGUCCUUUGACAGUAUAGGAAGCAGUGAUGGACCAACAGAUUUACUCAGGACACGAACUCUCGACUUCGUUCAUUUGAAAUUCAACUUAGAAGCUGGAUCUCUGCUGCCUCUGGCCCUCAAAGGGAGGCUUCGUCACGGGCGACACUUUACAUUUAUGAGUGCGCUGAAUGACACGGCUAUUACUGUUGUCUCUACCAGUGUGAAUGGGUCCAUAGCGGACGAGAAUCACCCUUUUGCAGCCCAUGGUCCUUGGUUACAGGUGCUUCUGACUGAUGAUUUCAUUGAGGAGAUGAUAGUAGACACAGAGGAAUUGGCACAUCCUGAUGAGAUCAUGUGCCCCAAGACGUACAGCUGGCCAGAGAGGAGGCUAAUGAUCACCAUCCUACCAGAUGAGGUGUGAUGGGAAAUCGUGCCCCAGGAAAUAAUAACCCGGGCAGUAGAGCUCCAGUCGUCCCUCAUGUCUCCUGUUCAUCUGAGAUUACUUUAUCACAACCUGUGUUCCUUAACUCAGUAUUAACGUGGAUCAGCAGUACAUGUAGGGAACUGCAACACUGAUAGAAAGUGUCCAGUCAUGGUAAAACAGGCGGUGAUCAUUAGGGUGUACUGUCAGGAUUCAGUUUCAUACAAGUGUCGCAAGCCAAGAGGAAUCAUUGAUCAGCGUUCCUAGUGUAUAUAGGAUGUUAUUGUGACUGUCAAAUGGAUGUUUUAAUUGUGAAGGCUGUAUAAAUGGUGCUGAGUAGGGUGGAAGAACAGUGCAUGUGAUCAUAGUGUGUGUAUUGUCAUUACUAUUGCAGUAAUUUGUGUUUUAUGUACAUGUACUAGUAUAUGGUACUAACUACUGCAUCUAAAGCAUUGUAAAGGUUGUGAAUCCAAGGACUUCAUUAUUGAGAAAUAUUGCAAAGCUAGGUUAGAUUUUUUUGACAAGCAUACUAUUUAGUAUAGUGCUAGUUUCACAACAAAAAUAUGGGUAACCCCAAAAGUAUGAAUGUACAUGUAUCAGCAUCUGGGCUUUUCUUCCAAGUCACUGCACACUUUGAGAUUUCUAACAAAAGAAUCAAAAAAUGUAUAUAUCUCCAAACCUUAAUUCUAGCUCCUAUGGUAAUGAAGUUUAACUAUUAGAUGUUGUAUCAUGUAUUUUAAUUAACCAUUGUUAAACAAAUACUAGUACAUGUAUAUUGAAGGAUUACAAUGUAAAGUUGUGAAAUUUGCAUUAAGAAAUGGUUUAACUGCCAGAUGUGAAUUAUAUACAAGAUAGAUGCAAACUAAGUGGUUCAAUCAUUCAAUGAAUGAGAUAUGAAUGUUGUGAGCGAUCAUUCAGUGAAUGAGAAAUGUUGUAAAUCUACUUUUUACCUACCAUAUUUAUAUGAUUUUUACAAAUUUCUCACUUGAAUUGCUUUCUUGGGAAAUCUUGAAAUGCUGUUUACAUGUCUUGUGUCACUGUAUAUUACAGUGUUGGAUAUGAACACAUUUUUUUUUUACGUAUUUAUUUUUAUUUAAGACAUUUCAUGAGUUUUUAUGAUGUGUAUGUACCUUUACAUUGAGGAAACAUUAUCACAGUAGUUUAAUACUGUUUUUUUAAGUAUAAUGUUUAGAUGUACCAUACAAUUCUGUGUUGUAACUAUUUUAUGGGCAGUAGAGCCACUGGACAUGUUUCCUUUAGGAGUAUUAGGCUUUUUUUUAAAUGUAUUUCUUUUGGUCAUUUUUUGAAUGCAUUAUGAGGAAUUUGAAUGUUGAUAUAAUUGCUACUGCAUUCUUAAUCAAACUUGGCUUGAUGGUAUAUAAGUAUACUUUCAUUCAGUUUUGCGUUAUGUUUUUCAAAAUGUAUGCCAAAAUUCCAUUUCAUUUUGCUUUAAAAGUUUUCAUUCUCAUUGUCAGUUUAUGUCCAAAACUUUUCAUCAGUUUAUUUAAAAGAAAAGUUUUAUUUUUUCUUUGACUUGUUAUGAUUUAGUUGUUACAUGUGCAAAUCACGUUAAACAUAGAAAAACCUACUUGAGAGGCCAAGCAGUGUUUUAAGUUGUACAGCUUGUGUAGUUCCUGAUCUAGCUGUCACCAGGUACCUUGUUGUUAUAUUGUAAUACUCUUCAUCUGGUUAAUAAAAUGUCAUUGUUUACAAUA